AUGAAACACGGAGAUCUAGCGCAGACGAGGAACCCAGCGGCGCGACUAAUCGGACAAGCUUCUACCGAAAGCGGCGGCCGGGACACGUCCUUCAGGACGGGCCGCAGGGCUCGCGCGACAGACGGCGUCGGAGAGGAGAUGAGAGGCGACAACAGGUGUCAGUCCAUUUAUGUUGUCUUUCUGUCCGUCUGUCUUCCCGUGUGCCGCAGGAACUUCUACUACAUCACGAUGCUGCGUGACCCCGUCUCCCGCUACCUCAGCGAGUGGAAGCACGUGCAGCGCGGCGCCACCUGGAAGACCUCGCUGCACAUGUGCGACGGCCGCUCGCCCACGCAGGACGAGCUGCCCACCUGCUACAGCGGCGACGACUGGUCGGGCGUCUCGCUCACCGACUUCAUGGACUGCCCCUCCAACCUGGCCAACAACCGGCAGGUGCGCAUGCUGGCCGACCUCAGCCUAGUGGGCUGCUACAACCUCUCCUCCAUGAACGACAGCGAGCGCUCCCAGAUCCUGCUGACCAGCGCCAUGAGCAACCUGAAGAACAUGGCCUUCUACGGCCUCACCGAGUUCCAGCGCAAGACGCAGUACCUGUUCGAGCGGACGUUCAGCCUGCGCUUCAUCGCCGCCUUCACGCAGAUCAACAGCACGCGCGCCGCCAACGUGGACCUGAGCGAGCCGGUCCGCCGCCGCAUCGAGGAGCUGAACCUGCUGGACAUGCAGCUGUACGAGUACGCCAAGGACCUGUUCCUGCAGCGCUUCCAGUUCAGCCGCCAGCGGGAGCACCGCGAGGUGAGGCUGAAGCGCCGCGAGGAGCGCCGCUGGCUGCGGGAGCAGCGGGAACAGGUCCGGUCCUCCUGGCUGCCCCGGCACCCGGCACAGGGCUCCAGAGGAGCAGGAGGAGGAGGAGGAGCAGGGGGAGCUGGUGGAGGAGGAGGAGGAGGAGGAGGCGGGCGGUUAGGGACGGGGAAGGAGAGUGCGGGCGAUUUCCCCGCCACCACCGAAGACUACACCAGCCAAGUGGUCCGCUGGUGAGACCCCCGCAGUCCCUCUGCAAAUAAAGAGGGAGGGCGAGAGCGCUGGGAAGCAUAUGAAAGCAAUCGCUGAAGGAACAGUAUUAAUAUGUACUUUUAAUAUAUACUCUCUCUCUCUCUCUCUCUCUCUCUCUCUCUCUCUCUCUCUCUCUCUCUCUCUCUCUCUCUCUCUCUCUCUCUCUCUCUCUCUCGAUCUUGCCGGUGUAUCCUGUCACCCUCUCUUUCCGUGUCACUAUUCUUAUCUAUCUACUGUAUCUAUCUGUUUUACCAGCUUCAGUGUGAAACGAGUGCUCUGCUUCUUUAUUUACGGUCAUGAAACUGCCAAGUCUGCGUCUCACGGCAGCCCCGCCGUCUCGGAGUGGCCUUCUGUGUCUUAAAUCUUUAACUGGGUGGUUUUAACGAUUCCUUUCUAAUAGUGGCUGAUCAUUUUGCUGCUUUAAUCCUUCGGCCUGGUUGUUUAUCGUCGGAUGGUGAUGAGUGGUCAGGGGACUGAAAGACGAUGACGUGAGGGCUGGAGAACGUUUCAGAAGACACUGCUGCAGUGCUCACACCCUUAUUGGUUGCACAUUCACUGUGGAUUUGUGGAUGUCUGGACGAUGUUUCUGCUGCAGUAUGUGGAGACACAUGGUUCCCACUUGAAAAUGUAAUGAAAAAAAAUGACCAAAAAAAAAUAUAUUGUUGCAUGUCACGUGUCCACAUUAUACUUAGAAUCGGGGAGGAACUUCUAGAAGAAACGAGCAGAGCCAAACUUUAUCGAUAUGAAAACGUAUAUGCUACCCUGCUUUGUCGACGUAAUCCUCCAUGCUCAUCAUAUUGGAUUUGUUCGGGGAAUACCUACAACAUUGUAUCAUUUUCUUCUUUGUUCAUGUCUUUGUUUUUAAAUUGUAACUAAAUUAUAUCGCAGUGCAGUAAGUGAUUCCGCUGAGGCGUAUGCUUGUGCCAAUAAGCUGACUACAAUUAAAUCACGACGUGUAGCCCUCCCCGACACAAACACAUAUUGACCAAUUAGAGACAGUAUCUAACUUUCUAACGGUUUUCACAUCUCCUAUUGGUUCAGACUUUCUGUCAGUCAACCACAGAGACCCAGAGAAGAUCAGCAAUCUCCCAUUCGCCAGAAUGUUUUAGGUAAGAUGUAGCCUAGGAGGUGUUCAUGUACCGUGACAAAGACAAGUCAUGUUUAUUUAUGUAGCCCUUUAACACAGUUACGGUCUCCACAGACUUCACGAGAGCACAUUCAGAUGAGAUCUGACAACCCGAAGCUUCCCAUAAACCCUUUGAGGAGCCAACCUUGAGGAGAAACUCAAACCACACACCUUCUCACCGGCUGGGAGUGCAAUCAUUCUCAGAUAGGCAAACCAAAAAAAUAACAUAUAUCAAUGAUAACUCCUUGGUUUAAGUGGUUCAAGAAUAACGUUUUUUUUUAGCUCUAUACAAGCAGACACGAGGCACUUGAACGCACAAUAGCUGAUGAAAUGAUAUCGCUGUGUUUCCGCCCGGCGGUCUGAUUGUGAAUGAGGCCGUCGGCAUUCCGGCGGCGUAGCGCUUCGGUCGUCACGCUCCCUGCUCCGACAUGUGGGCUGAGCCCGCUGCUGAGCCCACUGUGGACGGCCGCGGCUCUAGCGCCAGAGGAGACUGCGGUCCACAAACAGACGCCAUCAAAGCAAAUGGACGAAUAAUACAACGUUUCUGUCCCCUCGGCGGUCUGAUCGCCUCCAGCUCUCCAGCUAUACGGUGCAUGUGCCAAUUCAUAAACACUACUGUUGCUGUCUUGAUAUGCCUCUCCCCCCGGCCCCCUAUGUCCAUUCGAGAUGUACGAUUAUCAAAUUAAACGCUCAAUAAAUGUUUGCUGCUAUUUUUUUUAAGAAUAAAUUAUUAUGUUUAAACUCUGA